AACUUAUUAGCUGCUAGCCCAGGGAAAGACACAACAUUGUGUGAAGAAACUACAUAAAAGUGUACCUGUAGGACUUUUGGAUUCCGCGCUGUCAUCAAGACGGAUGCACGCUUUCAAAAUGUAAAUCUGCAAAUGGAACCCCAGGGGUGUGUUUUACGCACAAGGUUCGACCAGGACGUGACGAAUUGUGACCGUCAGAAAUCCAGCGUGCGUAUCGUCUGCUUCUACAAGAAGACACUGGGGGUAGGAAAGUCGUGACUUGUUAGUUGCUGGGUUGUGGCCGUGAAGAACAACCGUAACCAUGGCAACCCCUGCCGCAGCCCCCGCGGUGGUGACCACGAACGCGCCGGCCACCAACGGAACGGUCAUCACGGGGCUCUUCAACACGGCAGUGCAGAAGUUGAAAGAACUGCCAAUCCCGUUCUGGGCAGUGAUUGCGAUCGGCGUGGUGGCUGCCCUGCUCCUGCUGUGCUGUAUGGUCUGCAUCUGUAAGAAGUGCUGCUGUAAGAAGAAGAAAGCCAAACAGGGGAAGAAGGGCCUGAAGGACUCGGUGGACCUCCAGGAGGUGAAAAUGCUGGGAAACCAGUACAAGGAAAAGUCAGAUUCAGAGGACGACUUGGAGGACAUCGAAGUAGAAAAGCCGGGCAUUUGGAAUCCCAACAUGGAAGGAGGAGGUUCAGGUUCGGAUGCAGAUGGAUCGGAUAACGAGGAGGAUGGCAAAAAGAAGAAGAAGAAGAAAAAGAAGAGAUCGUUCUUUGGGAAACUUGGCAACCCUGAUUAUGUAGUGUCCAGAGAGAAGGUCCAGCCUGAUAUGGACGACCUUGACAGUUACGGGGACGAGGAGGACGGAGCGCCCAAACUGGGCCAGCUGCAGUUCUCAUUGGACUAUGACUUCCAGCAGAACCAGAUGAGAGUGGGGGUUUUGCAAGCCAAGGAUCUGCCGGGCAUGGACUUCUCUGGAACAUCAGACCCAUAUGUUACAGUCAAGAUUCUGCCGGAGAAGAAGAAAAGAUUUGAGACCAAAGUCCACAGGAAGACUCUAAACCCAACGUUCAACGAGUACUUCAACUUCAAGGACCUGAAGUUCAGUGAACUGUCCAACAAAAUCAUCCUCUUCCUGAUCUACGACUUUGACCGCUUCUCCCGACACGACCUGAUUGGCGAGGUGUCCGUGCCGCUGUCCUCAGUCGACCUGGCGCGGGUGGUCGAGGAGUGGCGCGAGAUCCAGCCUGCCCAUGGGGCACAAGAGGGAGACCGUCCUGGUGACAUCUGCUUCUCCCUGAGAUAUGUCCCCACGGCGGGAAAGCUCACCAUCGUCAUCCUGGAGGCCAAGAACCUGAAGAAAUGUGACGUGGGCGGACUCUCAGAUCCCUAUGUGAAGAUGCAGCUGUACAGUAACAACAAGCGGCUGAAGAAGAAGAAGACCACCAUUAAGAAGCGAACCCUGAACCCCUACUACAACGAGUCCUUCACCUUUGAGGUGCCUUUUGAACAGAUCCAGAGGGUGGAACUGAAGCUCACCGUCAUGGACUGGGACCGCACCAGUAAGAACGACCCGAUCGGCGAGCUCCGACUCGGCCCGAACGCCGCGGGGGCCGAGCUGCGACACUGGAGCGACAUGCUGGCCAACCCACGCCGACCAAUCGCGCAGUGGCACACACUGACGGAGCUCGAAAAAUGAAGCAGUCUUUGAGUUCUGUAGGCAGUGGGGGUCAUGUCAAAACACUAUCAUUUUCUAAAGCAAAGUUAGAACAGUCACAAAUCAUUGACACGUAAUGUUGGCAGUGUAAAAUCCACUGAUAUUUUUAGACUGAAACAUUUCUCCGCAUUAUAGCAGUUCUGUAUGUAUUGCAAUUACACAAGGUAGCCGAUACGACCCUUUAUAGAUGUACAGAAUAUAGAUUACUAUUACUAAUUUAUCUUUGUUUUUAAUCUCAUGGGUAACCAUUGUAGUAUAGAAGAACAUCAUGUCGAUUAUGUGAAUUCAUUUCCACUGUUUGUGAAGAAUAGGAUAUCAUGUGUACCUCACACAUCAGUGCAGGUCAUGUUAUAAACAGUUUGAGAUAGAGAGAGAGGCUCCACCCAAGAGGUGUUGCCAAAAAAAACCUGACCACAACAUGUAGAUAGGCUUUAUACAUAGGUUGAGUCUGUGCUAUGAUGUGAUCUGUGGUCUGUUGAAGUGCCAAGAAAUACAGUUGUAAUCAGGAACAGUUUCAUUGAAUUUUGUGUCUUCAGCUUGUAGUUCAGGGCUUGAAAUACUUUUCUGCAUUACUACAUGUACACCACUAAGAUUUCUAAAAGAAACUUUUUAAGAAAUCAUUGCAAUUAUUGUUUUUUUUUGCAUUCCAUAUAUGUGAUAAUGGCAAACACAGUAAAAUAAAAUUCACAUGUAUCCAUUACAUUACCUGUUUCAGGUUAAGUGCAGGUAAAACUCCAAUAUUACCUGUGCUAGUCUUUCUAUGCAGGUGGUAUUUCAAGCCUUCUAGAUUUCAUUGGUGAUAUGUCAAAUGUCUGUGAGCUUCUGUAAUUUUAAGAAGCUUUUUUGCUGUCUUGAGAAGCCAGUUUUUCUGCAAGAGGCCAGUUUGAGAAAUCUUAAGAUUAUGCAUUGUUCCUUUUUGUUUUAAUUUGUUUUUCAAUCUUGAAGGAAAUUUCUUUCUUUCUACAUUUUGACCACUAUGAUUCAGAAGCUCUGUGACUGUGUGAAUGAAUCACUCUGGAAAGUUGAAGAGUUGUAACUUCUCAAUAAUGUUAACUUCUGAAAAUUAUACUGCUUUACCCAAAAAUGUGUAAGAAUUUCAAUACAAAACGUGAAUGAGAUAUUAUAUAUGUGGAUUAGCUUUUGUGGUAUAGUUAUGGUCAGUACUAAGUCCUGUCACUGUCUCUACACUUUGUGUCCUGUGUCUACGCAGUUCUUUGGAAGAUUGUCAUUUUACACGUAUCUUAAGAUAGACAUAUUAAUGAUAGCACUGGAUACAAGCUUAAGUGGUGGAGUCAUGCAAUUUUCUAGCAGUGUAACCUAACUAUCAGGUGGCAGAGUAUCUCAGCAUCAUCUGGAGCAAAGAAUUGGUCAUGCCUUCAAAUUCAGUGAAGAUAUAACAUUUAAUACACAGUUGUUUACAUUGGCACCUUUGAUGUGCAAAGUCGCCAUUCUAUUAUUGUGCUCUGUUUGAAUACAUGACAAUACUUUUUGACUUCAGAUGAUUCUGAAGAAAUUGUGUUGCUCCACCACUUCCUUGUUAGCAAACCCAUGCCAUUUUGAUGCUAAGGGUGACAUACAGUAGGCUGUGCCCUGUGAAUAGGUACUGACAAUCUACCAACUGUUGUAAACCGAAUCAUUACAGUAUACACACCACUAGAGCAUAGAAUGAAAAUUCUUACUGCCCUUAAAACUGGUAAUACUAUAUAUUGUAAUCAAAAGUAUACGUUCUGGCAAAUCUUUAUUGAGACAUUUGUAUUUACUCAAUCUGUAUCUUGUGGAUGCCACUGCUAGAUGGAUUUUCGUUACCUUCUUCCUCAUAGAACCAUGCUCUAAAAGUGCCACCUGGCAGAAUAGCUACAAACUACAGUAUAUUAACAUUGUGCAUCUGCAUCAGUUUGUUGUAAUUCUCUGUCACACACUCUAACUUUUAACAUCUUUAAAGUUUUAUGUCAUAUGAUUCUUCAUGAUCAUGAUAGCUGGAUAAGUUGUACAUAGAGAAUAUUCAUAUAUGAAUUCUGCUGUAUACAUUUUGUAGUGUUUUACUUAAUAUAUUAUUGAAGUAUUCUAACUGUAAUGAUUGGUAGGCAAGUUCUAUGAUUUGUCCUCAAAGUCAUGUUUAGUCUACUGAAAGCUGACAAUUUUGAGGGAAUGGGAAAUAGCAUUUGAAUUCUCAAGUUUUCAAAUGCUGCUAUAAAAUGUGAAAUAUUCAAAUCUUUGAUGGAGCAAAUUGUGGGAAUGAAGAUUGAUAUUGAGGGACCAGAAUUAUGUGUGAGCCAAAAAAUUAUAUGAUCAUACAAUAUACAGGUUGUCAAAUUGUUUUGUCAAAGAAUCACAAAAGAAUAUUGUUUCGUCAAAAAUUGGCUUCAAUGUUGAAAACAGAACCCCUUUUCAACCUGGGUCUCCCAGUUUUAGAUGAAAUGCCAUUUUGACAACCAUAAUAUUUAGAUCAUCCAGUCAAGAAGGUUCUAUGUUAGACCCUCCUAGAUAAAAUCCUAGAUUGCUAUUGGCUUGAGUUGACUGUGUGUGCCAGUGUGUGCCUAGCGAUGUCAAUGACUUCAAACAUGCCAAUAAAUGUGAAAUCCUUGUAUGCUGA